AUGAAAAUAAACCCAACGUUCAGCCGCGCAGCUCCUCGUCGUGCUGUCCUUGUUCGCGCUGAGGCAGGUGCAGCUAAUGAUGAUACAUUCAAGUCAGUUGUGCUGGAAAGCAAGGUUCCAGUGCUGGUGGACUUCUGGGCGCCUUGGUGUGGCCCUUGCCGCAUUAUCGCCCCUGUCGUGGACGAGAUUGCAAAGGAGUUCACUGGAAAGCUCAAGUGCGUGAAGAUCAACACGGACGAGAGCCCGAACGUGGCGUCGGAGUUUGGGAUUCGGUCGAUUCCGACCAUCAUGGUCUUCAAGGGCGGCAAGAAGUGCGAGACCAUCAUUGGCGCCGUUCCUAAGGCUACCAUCGUUCAGACAGUCGAGAAGUACCUUGGUUAGAGGGUUUCAGGGUGUGAGUGGCUUGGUGCUGAGGCGCACAGUAUAUAGAGCGCUGCGGGAAAUAGAGCGUGGUUGAACGGGAAGCCAGGCAACGUCGCCUGGAGGUGUGGUUCCAUUGGUCGGCAAUUUUGGCGGAUGGGGCUGAAAGAAUAAGGCGCUCGCACGGUGCGGGCUAAGUUUUUGAUGAUUCUCCCGGCAUGUUUUGAGUGAUCGCGGCAGACAUCUGAGUGUUUGUGCCAUGCUGACGGUUUCAUUUGUGGCGCAUGCCACUGACGACGUGAGGUCCUGGUGUAACGCGCAGAGUAUCGGAGACGCGCAAAGCUGUCUGUGAUAAUCCAGCGCCCCGAAAUGACCGUGAGCGAGACUCGUAUGAUCCUCGUUGAAGUCCCCCUCCUAGUGUCCUUAGCGCACCGCACGAAGAGGGCUGGGUACACCGAAGAGGAGCAGGUUCCCACAAUCCGUUUUGGUGUUUCAGGAUGUGUAACAGACGGAAGCGUUG